AUAGUUCUCGAAAUCUCCAGAAGAGGUGCAAAACUUCUAGCUAGCAACCGCUAUUAUGAUUAUUAUUGUAUAUGUAACUGGUGGGCUUCCAGGAUUGACACUUGCAUAGUGGGCGAUGACUCAACCUGCGACGUGUCCCAGCACGAGAUCUGCCGCACCGAGUCCGGAGUGAGCGCCUGCCAUUGUCGGCCAGGGACGGCGCGCAGGAAGCAUCGCGACCCCUGCAGGAAAAUCGUGUCGGUCCUGCUGUCGCUGCGGGUGGACCGGAUCUACGAGCGCCGCAUCGUCUGGGCCAACGAGCUGCUGGAGAAGAGCAGCGAGAGCUACGAGCAGCUCGCCUACGAAGCGGAGCGGGCGCUGGAGUCCGCCAUGUCCAUGACGCCCUUCAGUGACGAGUAUCUGGGCGCCUCGGUGAACAACAUCUACCAAGGAGACCGCGCCCAGGGCCAGGCGGGGGUGUUUGUCAACGUCACGCUGCAGCUGGAGGAGAACGCCGACACCGCCCGCCCCUCCGUUAGGGGCGACAUCCAGAAGCACCUGCUGGGCGUGAUCCAGAGGCGCAGCAACAACGUGGGCAACAGCGCGCUCUGGGUGGACAGUCCGCCUGGAUCCGUUUCCAGUCUCCAAGAUCUGGACGAGUGCUCUUCGCCAGAGCUGCACGACUGCCACCUGCAGGCCGACUGCAUCAACACCUUCGGCAGCUUCAAGUGCCAGUGUCGCGCGGGCUUCAGAGACCCUUGGCCGGACAACAAGCACAGAGCCGGGCGCCACUGCGAGCAGUGCUCCCCUGCCCACUGCAACAACAGGGGCGAGUGCCGGUAUCAGAACGGACUGGAAGUUUGCACUUGUACUGGAAACUACUACGGCAGCCAAUGCGAGCUCGAUGGCGAAGUUCUAGGAGUGGCCAUCGGGGCCAGUGUUGCCGCCAUCAUCAUCAUAGGGCUUACGCUGGUGUGCUUGGUCAUGUGGAGCCGGAAGUGGAGCCGCGAGCAAAAGGCGGCCGUGGGCAGUCCGGUGUUCGGCUACAUGGCCACAGCCGGCAACACUGUCAAGACGCCCGUGGUGGGCGCGCCUCCCUACCAGCUCACUCUAGAAGAUCGGCUGCGCUGGGCGCAGAUCGCCGACGUCAUGGCCCAAGCCAACCAUUAUGCC